UCUGGUAUGGCUGCUAUGGCAUCUGUAAUGGGGGCUUGAUCUUGAAAUUAUUUUCUAGUCCUUUUCAGCAUAGCAUCAGAAGUUAAGUUUGGGCCAUGGAUGAUAGACUAGAGUCAUUAAAAUCCCAGUUUUGUUCUUUUGGUUCAAGAUUUGAAAAAAUGUGGUAAACCAUAAAGUCAAUUUCGGCAUUAAUGCGAGUAGAAAUGCAAAUGUUAGGUGGAGGUAGAAGGCUUUAUUGGAAAGGAACUGUCCUGGAGGAUGUGGUCAAGUCUUUAUUCGACUCCUGCCUUGGAAAAGAGAGGGAAGGAGUUCCCCUGUCUAAAGACUCUGUUCUGUGCCUUAUACAGGGUUGUUUUUUCUGAUCUUGAGAAUUUCGUAGAACACAAUUUAACUUUUGUGUGGAGAUCAUGAUUUAUGGAAUCUAAACCCUUUCUUGUGUUUGUUAUUCGAGGCUUUCUAAAUUUUACUUUCCUGUGCUUGUAAGUGCCAUCCAUUUGUUUAAUCACUAUAAUUAUUGAUUCUGUCAAACCUCAUAUGUGGUACCAUGAAUUUGGGUGCUUUGUCCCCAUCGUCAUCUGCCCUCAUACCUUGUUUAAUUCUCACCAUAAUUCAGGGCAUGUGCGCUUCUAACCUUCUUUGAAUCUGAUCUCCCAUGCACCCCCACGAUUCAAAUCUGAUCACAGUUUCUUUCCUUUGUUUUUUCUUUUAGUGCUAAUUCAACUGCUGAAAGACGUUACAUCUGCAUUGCUUUGUAAACUUUUAUGGAUCAUACUCUUUUUUAUUGCCUUAAAACUGGCCAUUUGAACUUCCACAUUAAAACUGGCCAUUUGAACUUCCACCAUUCCAUUCUUUGUUUCUUUGACAGGGGAGCCCUUCCCAUAAGAUUCUUGCAACAUCAUCUAUCUUCUCUUGACAAUUAACUAGUUACUUUCUUCAUGUAACUAGUUCUUUAAGUUCGCAUGCAGUGCCCACUGUUGCUUACAUUACUUGCAGGUUCUUGGAGUUUCUGAUUUGAAGAUGGAAGUUGAAGUUCCGGUGGACUAAAUGCGGUUGGUAGCAAAUGAAGUUGCAGCCUCAGCCUAUAUUGUGGAGUGUUGACUGAAAUCUGUUAACGUAAAGUGUGAGCUGCUACACUUCUCCGUGUAUCGAUGUUCAAAUGCAUUUGCUAUAAGGAUCAAACCCCCCUUUUCACUGGGGUCUGUUUUCUGGAGGGAGGGUACUGCUGCGGAAGAGGGUGUUUGAGAGGAAAGAGUCAAUAUUUAAUUCAUUGCUUAUGGAUGGAAAUAGUUCAUCACUGGCGCCUGAAACUAAUAUUGCGGCUCUGAAAGAAGCCCUUUAUACACAGCAACUUCUUCUACAAGACCUUUACACUGAGUUAGAUGAAGAACGAGAAGCCUCAGCCUCUGCAGCAAGCGAAGCUUUAUCCAUGAUAUUGCGGCUGCAAGGAGAAAAGGCCUCACUGAAGUUGGAAGCAAGCCAAUAUAAGAGAAUGGAAGAGGAAAAGAUGUGUCAUGCAGAAGAGGCUCUGGCAGUUGUCGAAGAUCUCAUAUAUCAGAGAGAAUUGGAGAUUGCAUCUCUUGAAUACCAGGUUCAGGCUUAUAGGUACAGACUACUGAGCAUGGGCUGUAAUGAUUUGGGUGUGUAUGAGAAUUCAUUUCCAGAGAAUCUGUUAAUGCAAAGAAACGAACCUUUAUCUGGGAAUAGUGGUGCCAAGGGAAAUUUAAGGAGAUUUAACUCUUCACCUCAGGUUUCUUCUACGGAUGCUAAUUACAAUAAAAAUUCUAAUGAAAGAAAGAGAUCUUUAGUCCCAGUGCCAGAUCCAAUGGAAAUCGAUGUGGAGGAAAUUGCAAUUCGCGAAGUUAAUGAUUCGGAGAAGAAACCAGGGAGUUCUGGUGCAGACGCGAAUUCCUUCUGGGAGCAGAUCAAAAGGUUGGAUGAAAGGGUAAAAGAAAUUUCGGACAACGAAGAUUCUGGUAGAAAUAAAUCAACGAUCUGGAAGGGUGGAACUUGGUCUCCGUCAUUGUUUUCACAAAUGGGAAUUGGAACAUCUGGCGACGCAACAAGAAAAACAAAUGCUACUCAUUCGGACGAAGUUAAGCUGCUUCAAGAUUCACAGGAAGGUGUUCAGGAUAUUUUUGAAGUCUCUCAAACUUCCGGGAGUUGCAAAGUUCCUGAAUCUUCAGUGAAAGAGCAUCACAAAUUGACUUUGGAAGGUGAAAACAGGCUUCAAAAGCCAGAUAUAGUAUCCAAGGAUAUUCUCGAAUCACCUAAAAAAGAUGAAAGAGGCCUGAUAAAGACGAUCAUGCUUUCUACGAUCCAUGAGAAGAAAUUACCCAAGGCAAGAGAAGGGACAAAUGUUCACCGAAAUUUGCCUCCUAUGAGCCGCCCAACAUUUAGUUUCAGCAAUUCUCAAGGUGAGUAUCAACAGCUGAGUCAGAGAGUUGAGAGGCUCGAGAGAGCAAGACACAAUACAAGGCAAGAAAUUAUUGCUGAAGGAGAAGAGGGAGUGAAUUUGUUGAAAGAGAUACGUGAACAGCUCAAUUCAAUACAGUCUGAGAUUAGAAGUUUGACAACGAAAAAACCCCAUGUUCCUGAUGAGCCACCUUUAAAACCUCUACAUGAGGCAAUGCUAUACUUUUGGUUUUAAAUUCGAGCAAUCAAGCUUUUGCUGCCUCAAUCACCGAACUUUCAUGAAUUGUCAGGUUUUGAUACGUUCUGCAAAAAGGAGUCGGUAAGGCUGUGCUUUAAUUUUUGAAUGGAGUGAAUAUUAGGCAGUAGAUUUGUGGGUUUUAUAUGAUUUGUUGUAGAAAUCCUAUUCACUGUAAAUGUUGCUCAGUGCACAUCAGUCACAGAAGAAGUUUUUUUUCCAUUAGAAUGUCUUAGGCAUGCUGUCAUUUUUGUGUUGUUUCAUCUCCUGAUAUUGGGAUGCUGAUUGUAAAGCGAUGUAUAAAACUGGCUCUUCCUGCUCUA